GCCCGCGCGGGGGGGGACCGGGUGGGCGUGGCGGGGGGCCGGUGAGCGUGGGCCCGCGUGGGGAGGCCGGGAGCCCGGCGGCAGCUCGGCCGGGCGCCCCCUGCCGGCCGCCCCCCUCGCGGUCCCUCCAGGCGCGGCCUGAGGCCUGAGGCGUGGGGUCCGCGCCCGCCCGGGGGUCCCUGGCACCCCCUGCCCCGUGGGGUCCUGCUCCCGCCGGGCGCGGGACGCCGUGAGCCGCGGACGCCCGCGCUGCGGCCGUCACCCCAGGGUUUGCUUGUGUGUUUGUACAGGGCCCGCUGUAGCCCGGGCUACCCCCGAAUGCCUGGCGACCCCGCGCACCGAAUUUCAGACAAAGUCCAGUUCUCAACAAUGUUGAAAUCAAAUGAUUGCUUUUUCCCUGCGGAUGAUUUGUUUUACAGUAGCCCAGAUGAAACUGAAAACUUUCCAGUUAAACAGAAGCCACUGCAUUGGUUUCUCCCUCCAGCUCCACUGAUUGCAGAAAUUCCAGACAUUCAAGACUUAGAGGAAGAAAUUGAAAACUAUAAACUAUUAGGACAAGGAAAGUUUCCAAAAAUGGUAACAUCAAAUUUGAAGAUGAUUAAUGAAGACAAAAAUUGUAUUUCACCAACACAAAGAUUCCAUUUUCCCUGUAAAGCACAAAAAUGGGAUUACCUAAACUUAGGAGGAUCAAGUAACAGUGACAUGUCCCACUCAGCUGGCAAGCUGGUGUAUGACUCUUCUCAGAAACAUAAAACCCACAUUGGCAGUGAGAGUCCACCUGCAAAGAGUGGUCCUGGUGACAUAAAAUUACUUAAUGCUGCGGAAGAUAGAGGACAGGGACCAUCAGCAUUCAAAAGAAGGUUAUCUAGAACAUGUAACAGUAUACAUGACUAUGAUCGUGCUAACGAGCAUUUAAACUUGGAUUCUUAUGAUAGCCCAGAGAAACCUGCCCAAACAAGAGUAGUAAGCAAGGAGAAAUCACGGAACUGUAACAGCGCUAAGCAGAAACUUCUUCAUUCUGUAAACAAAUUCAAAGCAGAUGAUGCUUUUUCAGCUUCUGGAAUUGGAGAAAACAUACUCAAAAUACCAUCCUUUUCUUUUACAUCUCAGCCUCAUGACAUUCAAGGUAUAACUCCAAAUGGCUUAAGUUGCUUGAAGUCUGUCACAGAAAUCCCGGCAAAAUUUAGAAGUAUAUUCAAAGAAUUCCCUUACUUCAACUACAUACAAUCCAAAGCCUUUGACGAUCUUCUUUACACAGAUAGGAAUUUUGUGAUUUGUGCCCCGACUGGUUCUGGGAAAACUGUAGUGUUUGAACUAGCGAUAACCAGAUUGUUAAUGGAAGUACCAUUGCCAUGGUCGAACAUAAAAAUUGUUUAUAGCCUGGACUGUAAGGAAGUGACCGGAGAUACAGUACUGGACGACCUGUUUGAGAUUCAGCAUGCUGACAUCAUUCUGACAACUCCAGAGAAAUGGGACAGCAUGACCAGGAAGUGGAGAGAGAGCUUUUUCGUCCGCCUGGUUCGCCUGGUUCUCAUUGAUGAGGUGCACAUUAUAAAAGAUGAAAACCGUGGUCCAACUCUUGAGGUUGUGGUUAGCAGAAUGAAAACUUUAUCUAGGUCCUUAAAAAAUGCCGUCCCUGUUCCAGUAAGAUUUGUAGCUGUAUCGGCAACAAUUCCCAACGCUGAGGAUAUUGCAGAGUGGCUUUCUGAUGGCAAGAGACCUGCUGGCUGUCUGAAAAUGGAUGAGAGCCACAGGCCGGUGAAGCUGCAGAAAGUGGUCCUGGGCUUUCCCUGUAGUAGCAGCCAGACUGAAUUUAAGUUUGACCUAGCCCUCAACUAUAAAGUUUACAGUGUUAUACGAACGUACUCCAAUCAGAAGCCCACACUUGUGUUUUGUGCAACAAGGAAAGGUGUGCAGCAGGCUGCUUCUGUUCUUGUAAAAGACGCCAAAUUUGUCUUCACUGUGGAUCAGAAACUAAGGUUACAGAAGGCUGCAUAUUCUGUAAGGGAUUCAAAGCUAAAAGAUUUCUUACAGUGUGGUGUUGGUUAUCAUCAUGCUGGAAUGGAGCUGUCAGACAGAAAAUUGGUUGAAGAAUUGUUUACUUCUGGAGAUCUACCAGUUCUUUUCACCACCAGCACACUGGCUAUGGGUGUGAACUUGCCGGCUCACCUGGUGGUGGUGAAGUCUACCCUCCACUACACUGGAGGCAUGUUUGAGGAGUACAGCGAGAGCGACAUUCUGCAGAUGAUUGGGAGAGCGGGCCGGCCACAGUUUGACACCACAGCUACUGCAGUUAUCAUGACUCGCUUAAGCACGAGAGAGAAGUACCUUCAGAUGUUAGCUUGUAACAGCACUAUCGAGAGCAGUUUGCACAGACAUCUUAUUGAACAUUUAAAUGCAGAGGUCGUGAUGCACACCAUCACCGAUGUGAACGUUGCUCUGGACUGGAUCCGAUCCACCCUGCUGUACAUCAGGGCUCUGAAAAACCCAUCUCAUUAUGGUUUUGCAUCUGGAUUGAACAAGGAUGGAAUUGAAGCAAAAUUACAAGAAUUAUGUUUGAAGAAUCUGAAAGAUUUAUCCUCACUAGACCUGAUAAAGAUGGAUGAAGAUGUUAAUUUCCAACCAACAGAGGCAGGAAGACUAAUGGCUUGGUAUUAUAUUACAUUUGAGACAGUGAAGAAAUUUUACACAAUAAAUGGAAAAGAAACUUUAUCAGAUUUAAUUUCAAUGAUAGCCAGCUGCAGUGAGUUUGUAGAUGUGCAGCUGAGGAUAAGUGAAAAGAGGACACUGAACAGUUUAAACAAAGACCCGAAGCAGAUCACUAUCAGAUUUCCAAUGGAAGGGAGAAUUAAAACAAGAGAAAUGAAAGUAAACUGUCUUAUUCAGGCUCAGCUCGGGUGCAUUCCUAUACAAGAUUUUACUUUGACACAAGAUACCGCGAAGAUUUUCAGAAACGGCUCAAGAAUUGCAAGAUGGUUGUCAGAUUUUGUGGCUCUUCAGGAAAAGAAGUUUGCUGUGCUUUUAAACAGUGUGGUUUUAGCGAAAUGUUUCAAGUGUAAACUGUGGGAAAACUCUCGACAUGUGUCUAAGCAGCUGGAUAAAAUUGGCAUAUCAUUGUCAAAUACCAUGGUAAAUGCAGGUUUGACUUCCUUUAAAAAAAUAGAAGAAGCAAAUGCAAGAGAACUUGAACUGAUUUUAAGUAGGCACCCGCCUUUUGGAACCCAGAUAAAAGAAGCUGUGAUGUAUCUACCAAAAUAUGAGCUUGAAGUGGAGCAGAUUGCAAGAUACAGUGAUAUCAUGGCAGAAAUACUAGUGACCGUUAUAUUAAGAAACUUUAAAGAGCUGCAAACUAAAAGAACAGCACCAGACUCUCACUAUGUUACCUUAGUCAUAGGUGAUGCAGAUAAUCAAGUCGUUUUGAAGCACAAAAUUAUGGAUUCUUUUUUGUUAAAAAGCGGAAAUUGGACUAAGAAAAUUGAUGUGAGGAGAGCUCUUAUAUGUGAAGAUCUCAGCUUAAACCUAAUUAGUUCUGAUUACGUUGGUCUCGAUAUUCAGCAGAAAUUUACAGUCUUUUAUUUAGGACCCAGGAAGCUUGUAAGUCAAACAGAUAUGCAAAGAAAAUUAGAAACAGGAGUUUCUCGUCCUAAAUACUCGGCUAGAGCUACUGCAGCAAGAUCUGGUGAAGGAGUGGCUACCGGGAAAAAAGCUGGGAACCGAGAAUGCAACCAUCAUUGUAAAAAUAAGCAUGCAUGUGGACAUGAGUGCUGUAAAACUGGAGUUGCACAAAAGCCAGAAGUUAAAGAGUCGGCAAUGUCUUCAUAUUUGUCUGACUUAAAAAGCAGAAAUGCCAUUUCUUCUCUUCCUCCAGUUAAACGACUCAAGUUACAGAUGAACAAAUCUUAUUUUCAAAACGUGGACCCUAAGGAGAUUGGUUCUACUCCAAGGCCUUCCCAUUCCAGUAUAGCAAGAUCAGAAUAUUUAAGCAUCCAAGGAUUGCCAAUAUUGGGACAGUGGGAUCAGCAUGGAAUCUGUGGAAAAGUUCAGCAGGCACCAUCUGAACAUCGUGACAAAGAUUUUCCUGGACGGCACCACUAUCCAGGAUCAAAUGAGAGGACCCCUCAAACAGCGAUGCUCAGAAGACACGCCGACACACCUGGAAACCACAGUGUUGCUGGUAACCGCAAGUCUUCAGAAGUUCUGAAUGUGAGCUUUGAGCUGGGAGACGAAGUUUGGGAUGACAUUGAUGAGGAGAGCUUAAUAGAAGUUAUGAGCUCUUCAGCCGAUGUUGAGAAGACAACUGGACCAGGAUUUGGAGACACUGGUGGUGCAAGUCUCAAGAGAAGCAAGAUAGCCUUCCAAGAGUCAAGCAAAUACCAAGGAGACCCCUCAAACAGUUUUGUUUCAUCACGUGAGAAGCCGAAUGUUUACGUAUCAGAUCGUGCCAUGUCCAAGUGUGGGCCAUCCCCUGUGGCAGAGUCACCACAACAAGCUGGAAGUGCAAGUCUUGUCAGUUUGCAUGAGCGAAGACAGCCAACGCUGUCACCCGUGAUUGAGAGGGUGUGCUUUACCCGCUCUAAGAAAACACCAUGGUCUUCCAAGUGUCAGGAUAUGUUUAUUUGAAACAGUGGCUCUAAGAAGGAAAUUAAGUAUCAUCCUGAUUAUGCAGCUGAAGAAAUGAAGGCCAUUCUGGAAAUAUUUAAUGGCAUUUUCUAAUAGAUAUAUAUAUAUUUAUAAUAUAUUAUUAAAGCAAAGUAUAAACAUGGCUAGUGACUAAUUAUGACUUAUUUUUAAAGAUAACUGUUAAUUGUUCAGACUUUUCCCUUAGAUGCGAUUCAUUUCUCAACUUCUAAAAAAUU